GGCCAAAGGUUGAAACUGCGCAGUCUGAAACCGCUCUGUAUCUUCACCACCAUGAAUCCAACCCAAAUAGCUGUUCUUCUCUGCUUAUCAUCUUCUGCCUAUGCGCAGAACUAUUAUCCGUACAACAACUGGGGUGGCCGUAUCGCCGGAAUUGUGAUCGGCAGCUUGAUUGCGCUAUUCUUCCUCACAUUAUGCUGUAUAUCUUUGCGUCGACGACGUUCGUCACGGAUGAUCGUCACUCAGCCGAAUGUACCUGGGUUGAAUACUCAACCAAGUCAGCCUUAUUCUCUUCCGUUAUGGCAAGGGUCGCAGAUGUAUGCACCUCCACCUGGACCUCCGCCUGGUCACCCAUCCCAUAUUGCGACCUCGAACCCAUAUGAAUAUAAUGCGUAUCCUGGAUCACAAUCCGCUCCCCCUCCGUAUAUGAAAGAAGGAGAAGGCGUCAGCAAGCCGCAGGGAACUAAUUACUCCUCGCCUCCAGGUCCCCCGCCGGCUGCACAUACGCGAGAGAACAAUCAUUUUGUAUGAGGUUUCAGGAACGGAUCUCGAAUUGCGGAAUGGUUCCGCGGCAUCUAUUCUUGCUCUGCUCCAGACAUCAUGAUCACCCUACUAAUAAUGGUAUACUGUUCCAACCCUCAUGUCUUCUGUGUAUAAUACAGACAGAGCUAUUUGCUUAUCCCAACUCAAUCACAUCUUUUAGUAUACACGUUCGGUCUUUUGUUGGCACAGACGUUCACACACAUUUAUCCCACCUACUGAGUCCGCACGAGCUUCGCGGAUGCCAGUGUGUAAAAUACCACCCGGCGGUCAUCGAUCGGCCAUCUUCCAGUAAUUAACCUCUUCCUGACAAACACAUGGCUUCUCAUUGAACGAGA